AUGAUCCACUUGGGAAGCCGGAACCAAAAUAGAUCAAAUCCACAUGAGAUUAUUAGAACAGUAAUUCAGCUCAUCAACCAUCGUAACUAUGACACAUUUACUCAUCACAAUGACAUAGCACUGCUCCAGCUCUCCUCUUGUGUGAAUUUCACUGAUUAAAUUAAACCAAUCUGUCUGGCUGCUGCUGGUAGUGUGUUUGAUCAAGGACUUUAAAGUUGGGUCACAGGAGGGGGAAAACUAAGCUAUACUGCAUGUUUUUGUGACGUUAUAGACGGUACAUUUCCUGACAUAUUGCAGGAAGUGGAGACUCCAAUUCUGAGCAACUCUUAAUGCAAUAUGGCCUAUAAUAAUGAUAUCACAGACAACAUGCUUCAAGUGUAUAAUAUUUCUAUGCAGGGUCAUUCUGGAGGGCCACUGGUCAGUAAGCAGAACUCCUAGUGGAUUCAGUCUGGAAUUAUACGUUUUGUUGCUGAUUGUGUGGACCCCCAGUUUCCUGGUGUGUACGCCAGAGUGUCUAAGUAUCAGGACUGGAUCAAGAGUCACAUAGUCAGUGACCAGCCUGGAUUUGUUGCAUUCCACAUCUGA